CGGGUCGCGUCCCGCCCCCCAACGUAAAGAGCGCCGCUGCCGGCACGUCGCAUUCAGGUAUCACCGGACGGUCCUGAUUGGGGACUAGUGGGAUUCACCCACCCUCCAACUGCAUCCGUCGGGCCACUAGGACACCACCUUGAAAGCUGCAAGUCAUGCAGGAGCGGUCGUUGCAGCCUAAUGCCUAGAAAGGGAUAAGGCAAUGGGUAAGGGCUCAUCUGGUGGCCUCGAACAAGCUCCCCCGAUGAUAGGCUACCCGAUAUGGCGUGCAUCGGAGAAGGUGGUCUCGAGGCGGGAUCAUCUUGGCGGUUGGUCGAGUCAGUCAAUCGAGUUCUUCGACGGCCAGCCCCUCAUAAAGCCCAUCUAAAGUCCUGAAUAGCCUUACCGUCCCCCCUUUACCCCUGACCUUCACCGCCAUGCUCUCCCAUCAUCCCAAAAUCCCCAAGUCCCCCACCAAGCCACCAACAACACCAUGGAGGUGACAACACCGCGCCACCUCGAAGUGCGCACCCGCGUCAUAACCCAAACCAUCACGCGCCCCUUCACCACCAUCACCGCGCUCGUCACCCUCGGCGUCGGCGGCGACGACGACGACGACGCCCCAAGCCCAACCACCCCACCACCACCCCCCGCGGCGGCACCCACACCCACAGACCAGCAAAUCACCCCGGCCCCGCCGUCCUCCCUCACCCCCUCCCAGCUCGGCGCCGUACUGGGCUCCGUCCUCGGGCUCGCCACACUCAUCUUCCUCGUCUGCUGCAUCCUCUCGCUGCAGCGGCGGCGGCGGCGGCGGCUCGAGCGCGAGCAGAAUGAUCGGGAUUAUUACUACUACGAUGAUGAGUACGAUGAUGAUGGGGAGAUGAGGGAGCGGGGGAGGGGUGGGCCGGCGUGGGGUCCGCGUGGUGGUGGUGGUGGCACAGGUGGUGGGAGGGGGUCGUGGACGACGGUGCCGCCGCCGGUGCGGUUUCCGCCGACGCCGAGGUAUACGACGUAUUCGCAGACUAGGGAGCAGCAGAUUGGGGGGGUUGGUCGGUAUCCGUGAGGGGGGUUUGGAAGUUGGCUGUGGUAGUGGAUGGCGUUAAGGAAGCGGGGGGAG